AUGGUGGCUCUCCCCUGCCUGUUCUUUCUCCUGCUGCUCCAGGAGGGCAGCCAAAGGGGACUCUGGGGAUGGUGAGGAUCUCAAGAAGUGGUUGCGGUCCUUCAGGAGUCCAUUUAUCUCCCCCUGGAAAUUCCACCUGAGGAGGAGGUCGCGGACAUCAUCUGGUCCUCCCACAAGAGGCUUGCAACUGUGGUGCCAGGAGAGGGGCAUCCUGCUGCCAUCACGGUGACUGACCCACACUACCAGGGCCGGGUGAGCUUCCUGGAGCCCAGCUUCUCCUUGCACAUCAGCAAUCUGAGCUGGGUGGACUCGGGGCUUUACCAAGCACAAGUCAACCUGAGCACGUCCCAGAUCUCUGACUUGCAGCUCUUCAAUCUACGAGUUUACCGAAGGCUGUCGGAGCCCCAAAUUGCCGUGAGCUUUAAGAUCUCUGCAGAACGUGCCUGUAAUGUGUCCCUGACGUGCUCUGUGGAGAAGGCAGGCAUGGAUGUUACCUACAGCUGGCUCCCCUGGGGGGACAAUGCUGGCACAGUUCAUGAAGGCCCUGUCCUCAGCACAUCCUGGAGGCCUGGGGACAGUGCCCUCUCCUACACCUGCCGGGCCAGCAACCCCGUCAGCAGCAUCAGUUCUCGCCUCACCCGUGCUGGGUCCUUCUGUGCAGAUCCCGAAUAUCCUUCUGAGAAGCCCUCAACAGCCUUCUGCCUCCUGGCCAAGGGCUUGCUCUUCCUCUCACUCUUGGUAAUCCUGGCUGUGGGGCUCUGGGUCGCCCGAGUCCCAAUAAGACACAAAAUGUCAAGAAAGAAGAAACUCAGGAGAAACAGAAUGAAACUAAGGAAGAAGGGGCAGCCUGGCCCCAGCCCUGUCUGACUGCUCCUUGGGGACCCCUGAGUCAAGUCCUGGGCCUUGGCUCAUCUCAGACCCCAGUGGAUCCUUCCUGGCUCUCCUCCAUGGUUGG